AUGUCUCUGGCGAAUACCGUCACCAACCUCGAUACCGUAAGCGAUCUUGCGGUGUUCCUCGUUGGUCUCGUCGUACUCGUCGGUCAUGACCCACUCGUACGCACCAAACACUCCGCCGGGCUUCAACACCUUGUAGAUCUCGCCGUACACUCCUUCGAGAACAGGAGCAUGCACAGUGGCCUCGAUCGCGUACACAGCGUCGAAACUGUUUGGUUCAAAGUCCAUCUGCAUGAAGUCGCCCUUCACAAACGAGAGCUUGUGGUCCAACUUGAGCUGCUUGGCGUAGUAGUUGGCUCUCUCGAUCUGGUAGUCGUUGUUGUUCAGACCAACAAUCUCACAGUCGGUGAACCGAGUGAUCUCUCUGGCAGGGCCUCCAACACCGCAUCCGACAUCCAGCACCUUCAUGUUUUCGCUGAGUCCCAUCUUCAGAGCAAGGUAAUGUUCGUGUCUGGCCACGGCCUGUCUAAAGGCCUCACCUUUGUAGUAUCUGGAAAAGUGGAACGACGAGCCCCAACCAUACUCGUAAAAGUCGGUCACCAGGUUGUAGUAGUGCUUGGUGAGCGCAGAGUAGUCCUCCAGUCUGGACUUUUCUGUGUCCUCGUCGGUCUUACCGUCCCAGUGCUUGAACCAAUAACCACGGUGGCCACCACAAGCGCAAACACAAUUGCGCCGACGCUCUUGCUGAUGGUGCCGGCCUCGGCCUUGGACCCGCUUCCGGAGGAGCUCGAGCUCGAACUAGACGUAGAACUCGACACAGAGAUGCUUCCGUCGGAGACCACCGUUGAGGCAGCCGCUUUGGUCGACGCCACGCUUGUGAUAGACGCCAGCGACGUGGAUGCGUCCACGUCAAGGGCAGAGGCAGACACGCCCCACGUCGACGAGUACGCAGACACAGACGAGGCAGACGGAAUGCCGCUCGUGAUGGCCUCCAGAUCCUCAGACGAAGCACUCAGGUUGACGGGAGCAACGGCCAGCUGCAGCAGCACCCACGCCCACAGAAGCUUGGGAUCCGCUUCCGUCGCUGGCGGUGAUGGCGCUCAGUGUGAUUUCGAGUUGGAUAGGGUUUUUGUAGCCGGCCGACGCAGCAGUGUUGAUGAUAGGCACCAAGCCCAAAGUUCCGGUAUAUUUGCUGUGGUCAACGGCUCCGAACAGAACGGUACCGGUGCUGGCGUCCGAGGAGUUCAGAUACACCGAGUAGGCAGCCUUGUUGGUGAGGCCUUGGUCAACGAGCUUGAACGGCAGGUUCUGGUAGAUGUAGGGCGUUUCCGAGGUGUUGGACGAGUAGGUGGUUUCCAAUUCUCUGAAACCGAUUCCGAAAACACCCAUUUCCGAGUCUGUGUCGUCGGCGACGGCAAACGAGAAGUCCUCCACGGUGACUCCGCCGAAGGAGAUAUCGUCGUAGCCCCACACGCCGUUGGCGAACGUCUUGUCUGCGUACGUGAUGGCAAAGUCUGUUCCGUUCUUGUGGAACGAGUUGGACGAGUCAGGGUCGAAGGUUCCGUACUUGGAACAGUCGAGGGUGGCUUCAGCAGCGACACUCGAGGUGGCCUCGUUGCCACCAAAGAACUCAGUUCUGGUCUCGGUGGUGUCUGCCCUUUGAACGGCCUUUCCUGGCGAAACAUUGAGGUUUCUCAAGUCCUGUAG